CCCCGCCGCCGCGCCGGCCGCGGAUAAAGUGGCGGCGCCGACGCCGCGCCCAGUCGCCGCGGAGCCCGCCGCGCGCACAGCGUCCGCCCUGGCCGGCCUUGGACCCGGACCCGCGGCGCUCGGGGGAGGCGACGGCGGCGAUCGAGGCCCCGGACUCGAAAGCCCUUCCAGGAUGCCAGAGGAAAGCCCCCCGCGGCGGACCCCCCAGAACGUCCCCUACCAGGACCUGCCUCACCUGGUCAACGCCGACGGACAGUACCUCUUCUGCCGGUACUGGAAGCCCAGUGGCACCCCCAAGGCCCUGGUCUUUGUGUCCCACGGCGCGGGAGAGCACUGCGGCCGCUACGACGAUCUGGCUCAGAUGCUGCUGCGGCUGGACCUGCUGGUGUUUGCCCACGACCACGUGGGCCACGGACAGAGCGAGGGCGAGCGCAUGGUGGUGUCUGACUUCCAGGUCUUCGUCAGGGACGUGCUGCAGCACGUGGACCUGGUGCAGAAGGACCACCCCCGGCUGCCCGUCUUCCUCCUGGGCCACUCCAUGGGAGGCGCCAUCGCCAUCCUGACGGCGGCCGAGAGGCCGCGCCACUUCUCCGGCAUGGUCCUGAUUUCCCCUCUGGUGGUCGCCAGCCCCGAGUCGGCAACAACUUUCAAGAUCCUGGCGGCGCGAGUGCUCAACCUGGUCAUGCCGAACAUGUCGCUGGGGCCCAUCGACUCGAGCGUGAUCUCCAGGAACAAGGCGGAGGUCGAGCUUUACAACUCGGACCCCCUGAUCUGCCGCGCGGGGCUGAAGGUGUGCUUUGGCAUCCAGCUGCUGAACGCCGUCUCGCGGGUGGAGCGGGCGCUGCCCCGGCUCACCGUGCCCUUCCUGCUGCUGCAGGGCUCCGCCGACCGCCUGUGCGACAGCAGAGGCGCCUACCAGCUCAUGGGCUCAGCCCGGAGCCCCGACAAGACGCUCAAGAUCUACGAGGGUGCCUACCACGUGCUGCACAAGGAGCUUCCGGAAGUCACCGACUCCGUCUUCCAGGAGAUCAACGCCUGGGUCUCCCAGAGGAUGGCGGCGGCCGGAGCCGGCUCCCCGCCCUGAGCGCGGUGCGGGAGGGGCUCACAG